AUGAAGUUGUUGUCUCUCAUUCUUGCUUCGGCAGGCCUCGCGCAGGCCGCAUUCGAGUGGCAAAAUGCUCGCAUCGGUGGCGGCGGCGGUUUCGUUGCUGGCAUCGAAUUCCACCCAAAGGCCAAAGGUGUCGCGUACGCCCGGACUGACAUUGGAGGGCUUUACCGUUUGAAUGGGGAUGACGACUCAUGGACAGCUGUGACAGACGUCACGGCGACUGACUCUGGCUGGAACCGCUGGGGAAUUGAUGCCUUGGCUUUGGAUCCCUCAGACCCCGACAAGGUCUACACGGCCGUGGGCAUGUACACCAAUGACUGGCAAAACAGGGACCCUAACAACGGCUCAAUUGGCAUAAGCAGCGACAAGGGCGCUACAUGGACCUUUACAGAACUUCCUUUCAAGGUCGGCGGCAACAUGCCAGGUAGAGGAAUGGGAGAGCGCCUUGCUGUUGAUCCCCAAAACUCAGACAUUGUCUACUUCGGCGCCCGCAGUGGCAACGGGCUUUGGAGGAGCACCAACGGCGGCACCAGCUUCACCAAGGUCACAUCCUUUACCAACGUCGGCAGCUUUGCUGUGAAUCCUAGCGACACUUCUGGAUACUCAAGCGAUCUCCAGGGCCUGACCUUUGUGACCAUGGACAAAACCUCGCCUGCCCUUGACGGAGCGACGUCCAGGAUAUUUGUCGGCACUGCUGAUAAUGAAACCGCGUCGGUCUACAUGUCCAGUGACGCAGGCAAGACUUGGGACCCUAUUCCUGGCCAGCCUGGGCAGUUCUUCCCCCACAAGGCCAAGCUGCAGCCCGACGAGAAAGCUCUCUACAUUUCCUACAGCGACGGCACAGGCCCUUACGAUGGCAGCGCCGGUGCCAUCUACCGCUACGACAUUGCGGCCGCGACGUGGAAGAACAUCACACCACCUGGCGAUCGCUACUUUGGCUUCGGCGGACUGGCAGUUGACCUCCAAGUGCCAGGCACGCUCGUUGUUGCAUCACUAAACUCGUGGUAUCCAGAUGCCCAGAUCUUCCGGUCCACCGACUCGGGCGAAACAUGGUCGACUCUCUGGGGCUACAACGCGGACUCUCAGCUGGAGUACUACUACGGCAUCUCCACGCCCAAGGCGCCGUGGAUUUACAAGAACUUCAUCUCCAUCGACACCAAGCGCUUGGGCUGGAUGAUUGAGGCUUUAGAGAUCGAUCCUUUCGACAGUGACCAUUGGCUUUACGGCACCGGCUUGACCGUGUAUGGAGGGCACGACCUCACGCAAUGGGACACGGCUCAUAACGUUACGAUUGAAUCGCUUGCCGAGGGUAUCGAGGAGUUUGCAGUGCUGGAAAUCAAAUCGGCUCCCGGAGGCAGCGAGCUCCUCGCAGGCGUUCACGACGACAGCGGCUUCACCUUUUCGACAAAGAGCUCUCUCAGCAAAUCCCCUCCCUCGGCAUGGGAUAGUCCCAUGUUUACCGGGUCGGUAAGCGUCGAUUACGCGGGCAACGAAGUCGACAGGAUUGUGAGAGUGGGCAACACUCAAGGAGUGCCACAGGUUGCCAUCUCUAGCGACGGAGGUUCAUCCUGGAAGGUUCAUAGCGGUGCUUCCAACUCGCAGUCUGGUGGUUCCGUGGCCAUAUCAGCAGAUGCAGUCACUAUUCUCUGGUCUUCGGCCAACGAAGGCGUCUCGCGAUCCCUGAAUCAGAGCACCUUUUCUGCCGUGUCGAGCCUCCCUUCAGGAUCAGUCAUCGCCAGCGAUAAACAAGAUGGCGCGUACUUCUACGCCGCAUCAGGCUCAACUUUCUACGUUUCCAGCAAUGCAGCAUCUAGCUUCAGCAAGGGGGAGGCCAUCGGCUCAGCAACAAAGAUUCGCGACAUCGCAGUCCAUCCAACCAAGGCGGGAGACGUCUGGGUGUCAACUGACGUUGGCAUCUUCCACAGCGUCGACUUUGGCGGCUCCUUCACGAAGGUUUCGGCUGCGCUGACUGACACUUAUCAGAUCGCCCUCGGUCGUGGCGAGGGGACCACUUGGAACUUGUAUGCUUUUGGCGAUGGUUCUGCCGGACGCAAGCUGUAUGGAAGUGGUGAUCUUGGCAAGACUUGGGUUGACAUCCAAGGUGACAUCGGGUUCGGUGCCAUCGAUUCCAACAGGCUGGAGGGAAGCGGAAACCAUGCAGGACAGGUCUACGUGGGUACGAAUGGCCGUGGUGUCUUUUGGGCUCAGGGGUCGUUGUGA